CGCAAAAUACAAAAGUUACGUCAAACAAAAUCCAAUCCAAUGAUUUGCCAAUGAUGUGAGAACACAAGAAACAGAAGUUCAUUAUCAUCUAAAGAACAAUGAAGUAAUAGAUAAUUCCUUAAAGAAAAAUACCUACAAUAUGGAAAGCGUUAAGAAUUUCUCGGUAUCUCUAAUUAAAGGUUUUAUAGAUAGCCUAAGAGGGGUGACAGUUCUGUUAUACUUGGAUAAGGAGAUCAACGAGAAGGCCUUGAGUCGGUCGCCCCACAAAGAUGCAGAUGGUAAACAAAAACAGAAAGCCCCCAAAGUUCUGCACUGGCUAACAAUAAUCUUCGAGUGGUUUGCUAGUAGAGGUGUUACGGAGGUGAAGAAGUGUGUAUCAGAACCGGAUUCAGAACCAGAUUCAGAACCGGAAUUAGAUUUGAUAUAUGUGGAUUGGAAACAGAGGGAAUCAAAAGUACUUACUAGGGUAUUGCAAUCAUGUAUAUUAAACGGCUUUAUAUUCUUACUCAGUAUAUUAGUAUUUGAAUAUGUGUUGCUACCUUCGAUGAAGUAUUUAGUAACGGUUGUGUUUGGUCACAAUCCUGGUGUGGCGCAUAAUGUGUGGGGCUGGAUGCAGCCGUUCCUGUCCAUGACUUUUCGGAUGAUAUGGGUGCUGCCAUUAUUCCUAUUGAGCAAGCUGGUUAAUAGCUUAUGGUUUCAGGACAUAGCCGAUUCGGCCUACAGACACCGGCGCGGGCGGCCGCAGUUCAUGUCGAGUGUCAGCAAGAUCAUUGCUGACUCCUUGUUCAGCAUACUGGUGCAAGCUUUAUUUCUAGUUCAGAGUAUGCUAGUCAGUAUGCUACCAAUCACAUACAUCGGGGAGCUUCUAUGCCUCGUUCACAUGUGCCUGCUGUACUCGCUGUACUCGUUCGAGUACAAGUGGUUCAACAUGGGCUGGGAGCUGCACAAGCGGCUCACGUUCAUCGAGACCAACUGGCCAUACUUCCUCGGGUUCGGGCUGCCGCUGGCGGUGCUCACGCAGAUACCUCAGUCUUAUAUCAUAAGUGGAUGUGUGUUCUCUAUUUUUUUCCCGGUGUUCAUACUGAGCGGUAAUGAAGCGACACCUGUUAUUGGAAGUGAGUACCCCCUACGUCUGUUUUCGCCAGUGGUGGCGAUUUCCAACGGAAUGUUCCGUUUCGUGCGGCAAGGGGCCGAGGCCGUCACCCAGCGGAGUAGGUGAUCUUUAACCAUUUAGGGUUAACCUUUUGACCGAUGUCGUUUGUAAGCAGUGUUGGGAAGGGCAAGGCCAGGCAUAGUAAAGAUUCAUUGGAUGUGUAAAAUCUGAGACAAAUUCCUCCUUCAAAGUUGACAGCUAAUGUAGCGCUGCAUGGCUCCGUACAUUAUGCGGUAACGGGUCUCCCUCGCAAUCCCUAAUAAGUUUUGUUCUACAAUCACUUGCCCUAACCGUUUUGUCCCAACAGGUAAUAGCCCUAAUGCUCAGUAGUCUUAACACUCAUUUGCCAUAUUGUAAUGACUAAUGAUUGUCCUAAACGUUUUUGGUAUAACUCAAUUUCGUGGGCACGAUAUUUCUUAGACUACAUAUAUACGUAUAAUACAAUCAUUGAAUCUUUGACCAUACUGUUAAUCAUUAAUAAAAAAAAAGGCAUAUGAUAGACAGACUGCCGAGAUAACGCGAUAAUGUCUGACUGUGCCACAAGUGUUCCGCUUUUACCAAAUUUGGUACGCAACUCUUUAAAAAAAUAGAUAAAUAAAAAAGUAGGUACACUCAGUUUGAUCUAAUUUUGAGCUGGUGUCUGAGCGGUAGCGAUCAGUGAUAUAUGCCACUUUUUUUCUACGGGGUGGAUGUUUUAUCUUUGAAAUAGUAUUCGCCGGAAGUGAGAGUUAGCGAUCGAUAAUUAAUACCUAUGUGCAUCUUUUUUAUUCACAUAGCAUCUACACUUUCACGUACGUUUUAUGCACAAAAAAAAUUGUAGAUCGCUAGUCGCCUUCUCGCCGCCAUUCGGACAGCUAGCCAAGCCGUUAUUGUAGGUACCUACCUAUAUUCAAAAAGGUUUGCCUGGAUUCAGCACUGGUUUUGAGCGGCAUUGCUUAUAGUAGGUAUACACGCAGGUUCAGUAGUUUGCAUAAGGCUCAAAUUUGCUAUUCACUAUUUUGCUUGGCGGUCGAAAGGUUAAUGCUAAUAAAAGUAAUAAACUAAGGCUAAUGGCAACUUUUGUGUAACUUUUUAACAUCGUAGCACGUAUUGUUGAUAACUAUUAUAAUUCAUUUUCAAAUAGAUUGGUGCUAGAUAAUUAUUUAGUAGUUUUAGUUAACACAAAGUAGAACAUUGAAUAAUUAAAGUUACGAAGGCCCGCCCUCAUUACUUUACCAAAAAUGUAAAAACUGAACUUGUAGAUGUACAAUUGUACGAGUACAUCAGAUUCCCGUGUGUGAAUAAAAUAGAUGCAUUGCAUAUGUAACUUUGAUCGCUUACUGUUCACACUGCCAUUAAGAACUUUUUCUACACUUGCGAACACUCAUUUUUGAUAGCCGGGUAAUUAACAUAAAGACUUUGCUAUUAGUUUGAUCCAAACAAUAUUUCGCUUAAAACGUAGUUAUGUCCCAUUCUCAAAUGCUCGUGGUUAAAAGGUUAAACAAAAAUGUGCCGUACUGACAAGGGAAAGGAUGCCAACAGUUGGCCAAAAUCAUUUUGCGUGAUUUACUUUAUGUACCUAUGUAUUAUGUUUAGUAAUAUAUCGGCGUUACAGGGUUAUGCUUGUUCAGUGCUUUGUGUCAUAUUAUAUGUAUAGGUAACGGAAUACACUUAAGAUUGCUGGCCAAGUCAUGGUACAAUAUAAGGGUACUACAAUAUAUAAAAUGUAAAAACAAUAACUUUCUGACCAACUGUAAGAUUGAAAAAGACAAUCACCCAAUUUCAUUGUUACCUAUACUUAAUUCAAUUCGUAUUGCAUAUUGUAACAUAACUAAGCCUACUAAAGGCUGUUGGUUUUAUAUAUAAAUCAAAUCGUAGGCACUGUGUAACCCUGUAAAUAGUUCAUAAAAUUGUGAUACCCAAUGUUGUACAUAACAUGUGAUUAUAAUUUGUGCUCAUGUCUUUGGUACCUAAGACGUUGGUGAUAGUGGCCAUGUCUAUAUCGGAUAGUUUACAUUUCUUUAACUUUAGGAAUGUUUUUUUAACUGGCUAUAUAAUAAGUAUGUUUUAUUGUUGUAAUAUUUUUUUGACCAUGAACUACAACUUUGUAUAUCCUAUUUAGUGGUAUAAAGCAAAUGUUAAAAAUGUGAACUGCAUUAGGCACUAAAAACGUGAAAUACCAAUUAGAUCCAUGGAUAUGGAUUAUGGGUAAUUUCCAUUUGUUCCACUGAGCUGAAAAUUCCUAAAGAAUUUAAUUUUAUUCAAACAAAAUUUGUUAGAUCCGUGGAACUAUUCCGAGGUAGGUAUCCGAUUUAAAGAUAAUUUACAAAACUUGGCCUGUGUGCCUGUUUGCAAACAGUGUCCAAAUCAAUUUGAAGCAUGGCCCCUUCUUUGAUAUUUUGGAAUUAAUGGUGCCAGAAUAUUAUAUUUCAUGUUUUAUUGUUAUGAAUCGCAUACAUUAAGUUUUAUUCAUAGUUUUUAUAUGUAUAUUCUAAUCAUUCUCAUUUAGAUAUAUGCUUAAAUUGAAUGUUAACUUUUACAUGACAUAACUUAUUAAAAUGGGACUGACU